AGCAGAGUGGACAAAGCGCUGGAGCAGAGAACUGUCUGCAGCCUCUGCAGAAAGGUGGCUGAUAAUCAGAGGGUGCCUGGUUGCUUUUCCCUUUCUAAACCCUGGGGUGGGCCCCAGCCAAGCACCUUGAGCAGGAGAAGGGAUAAAGUUCCCCAGCAGUAGAGUCUCCUCUCAGCUGUGCUGAACUUUGCCUUUAAGCUUUAAACAGCAGCGCUGCUGGGCUCCUCUGAUCAGAUUAAGACACAGGAGCAGCUGCAGCAGUUGCUGAGUGCACUUGCCUCUAGACAGCUAGCUCUUGGGGUGAGUUUGAGCCACAGGGAGAGAAAGCAGGGAAGUGAGGGAUCCGUAAGCUGCUCUCCUCGAGGCUGACUUUUUAACCGGAUUCCAUCUCCUGACUGCUCCAGAGGAGAGGAGUUUUGUGCAUCUGCUCUCCUCUCAGAAGAGUUGACUAAAGAAGAGGUUGAGAGAGCAGGGGAUGGCCAACAACAGCUCUUUGUCAGUCCGCGGCUCCCUUGCUUACGAUGACUUUGCCAGCCCUGACUGGUACAUGUAUGAGUCCACGGAACCUGAGAUGCCGCAAGAUGAUAUGGUUCCUAGUGUUAUCCCAGCCUGCGACCCCACCAUCGCCUACGGUCUGUAUCACGCCUGCAUGGCUCCUGUAUCGCUGGCUGUGCUGAUAGUCUUGUCUCUGCUGGUGAAACGCAAGAGCCUCCAUAGGAGCUGUUGGAAUGGAGCCCCUGGACUGCUCAGCCCUGUGGAUUUCUUGGAAGUGGAGGGCCACCCGGGGCUGGUGGCAGCCGUGUUUGGAAUCCUCUUCUCUUCUGUGUGCGUGCUGGUGCUGGACACCGACCCGCUGCCCUUCGUCGCCAGCUCCUCCCCGCGCACUCGAGAGUACUGGAAGAUCCUGGCUUUGCUCUAUUACCCUGCCUUUUACUAUCCUUUACUUGCAUGCGCCACCAGCAGACACAGAGCUGGCUAUUUCGUAGGCUGCUUGCUCUCCUGGGGCCAUUGUGUGGUCCAGAUCUGGCAGAAAGUCGACUGCCCUCAGUCGCCCAAGAUUUACAGGCACUAUUCCCUGCUGUCUUACGGCCCCAUUAUCCUCUGCCUCAUCAUCCUGAGCUUUUGGUACCCGGUGCUGCUUGUCCGGAGCUUCACGCAGGAGAACCUGGCUGCGAGAGAGGUUGCAGGGAGCAGCUAUUACAAAAAAUACCUGAAGGCGAUCCUGGCCAAGAGAACGUGCUCCAGAAGCUCCAGGCAAGCCAGUCUCCUCUCGAGGGCCCAGAUGUACUUACGCUCUUACAUCUACACGCCCCAGGAAGGGUUCCAGGUUCCUCUGAAGCUGGUUCUCUCGGUAACCACAGCUGUGAUUGCUGUGUACCAGGUAGCCCUGCUGCUGCUUGUGGGCUUCCUCCCUCCCGUUCAGAUUGUGAGGGCCGGGAUGACGAAGGAGAUCACAGUCCUGCUGGUUCAGUUUGGAGUCGUCCCUUCAAAAAGCCAGGGGGGAGCCCCUGGAGACAUGACACAGGAGCUGGACACAGUCAGACACUAUCUUUGGUCACUGGAAGUGUGCUACGUCUGCUCCCUGGUGCUCUCUUGCCUGCUCACCUUCUCCAUGCUGAUGAGGUCCUUGGGGACGCACAGGGCCAACCUGAGGGCUCUGUACCGAGGGGCUGUCCUAGACGUCUUCUGCCGUGCCCGGACACUCGGCCCAUCCCAGCAGGCUCUGGUCUGCUGGAUGAGCUUUGCCAGCUUCCAGACUGCAUUCGCCUGCCUGGGUCUCCUCAUCCAGCAAGUGAUUUUCUUCGUCUGCGCCGUGGGCUUCAGCUUCCUGGUGGUCAUUCCGCUCCAGUCAGGCGCCCACAUGCAUCUGUUUAAAAUCCUGGAGAACAUGUGGCCCUUCUGGCUCAUGCUGGUGCUCGCUGUGCUUGUGCAGAACUUGCUUGCUCAUUUCUGCUUCCUGGAGCAACCCUACCUGCAGAAGGAGCUGACCAACAGGCGAGCCCUGUGCAUCGUGACCUACCUGCUCUUCCCCAUCAACGUCCUGGUGGGCGUCCUGGCUGGGAUCUGGAGAAUGGUCAUUUCUGCGCUUUACAAUGCUGUCCAUUUCUGCCAGCUGGACGUCAGCUUGCUGACCCGGGGCGUCGAGGCCUUCGAUCCAGGCUACCGCACGUACUGCCAUUACUUAAAAAUUGAGGCCAGUCAAUCGCACCCAGUGAUGAAAGCCUUUUGCGUCUUGCUUCUCCAAUUACCUGGCCCAGAGAGGCAGGCAGGACUCAAGCCCACGGACGUGGAAGAAGGGAUCCAGCUGAUGCAACCGGCAAAAGGGCUGCUGAAGACGUCCAAGUCCAAGCAGAUGCGAGCCCGGUGGGGGCUGGCCUACACCCUGCUCCACAAUCCUUCACUCCUGGCCUGCCGAAAGGCUGCGCUCUCUGACCCCACAGCCAACGGGACCCAGCCUCGCCCUGCCAAGCCCUGACCCCCCCAGGGGAGCCCCCCUCUUCCCUGGGACUGUUCCAGCUGUGCUCACUGCCUGCUCUGUCCUCUCCUUAUGCACCCCUGGGCACUGCGGGGCCCUUGAGCGAGGCUGCGCCCCAUUGCCUGCCUGGCUGGGGGACCAGGGCUGUUCUCUGGGGCCAGCACGAAGCCAGGGGGAUGGGCUGCCUGGGAAUCCAGCCCAGACUGAGCUUAAUCAUGCCAGGCCAACCCUUUGCGCCUCAUGCUACACCUGGGAAACCCGCAGCAGCUCAAAGGCCCCUUGGGAACCGUUCCAGGUUAGCCCUGCUGCGCUCACAAGUGAAAUGAGUUUGGUGGUCUCAGAAUUUUUAUCCCCAUUACCCUUCUACCCUGUGGUUUGGAUUAUGCAAGUCCCUGCCGGGGGUGAAUGGGAGAGAGAACGGGAGGGUGCUGGCCGAAGGAGCUGGGUCUGCCCCCAAGCCAGCACAAUCUGCCCCGUGUUUCAGAAGGCACCGCCCCUUCUACCCACUGGCCCCCAAGGAUCCUGCCUGGGAGUCUUUCCUGGACCCCUGUGGCCCCCGAGAGCGGCUGGGUGCAGCUUGGCUUUGCAGCUGGGUCCAGCGUGGCCUACGGUGGAGCUGCUGGAGCGCUGAUGAAGGAGCCGGGCUUCAGGCUUUGAGAGAGAAUCCCGCUGUGACCACGCUCAUCGUGUCCCCCCUGCCGCAGCCUUUGGUCCUUGUGCCGGCAGGUGCGUCUGGCGACCAGACUGCAGGGUCCUGGCAACGGGCCCGCGAUGUGCAGAGUGAUCCCUCGCUUUCAUGGAUCCUCUCCGCUGCGGGGCACUUGCCUCCGUUUCCCAGCAGACCGAGGGGUCUGUCUUCUGCCCCACUGCCGCCUCCCUUUUAACAAGCGAUUCCUUGGCCUCUGGGCAGGUCGGAGUGGGAGUGAGCCGAGCUACUAGUACAGAGCUGUGAAUUUACCUCCCCGUGGCAGGGGAUGUGGCCUUAAUAAAUACCAUGCCUCUUGCCUA